UCAGUUCACAAUAUGAAGGAAAGUUUGUAGUGAGUGAUUAGCUUUGUGUUGCUGUCCAGGUUUGCUGUCGUUUGUUCGCUACUUCUACCUAGAAAUUUGUUCAAAACUGGCUAUCCUCGUGGUCUUCAGCUACCCUGGCCUCGUCUGACGACGAACAGCAAGGUGGACUGUCUCCACCACCGCAAAAAAGGGCGCGCCUUUCAGUGGACCUCGAGUCCGAUAUGCACAAAUCGAAACGGACUUCUAGUGGAAGUGAUGGCGAAACAAGUACCUCUAAUGGUGAAUGUAUAGCCAAUGGAGACAGCAAAGGCCAUCUUAAAAGGAAAAUUGUUCCUAGAAGCGACGAAGAUGUCGUACGGCUAAUAGUCCAGCAUUUGCAAGGCUUGGGCUUGAACAAAUCAGUCGAUGUCCUUAUGCAGGAAUCGGGCUGUAGACUAGAGCACCCAUCAGCGGCUAUGUUCCGUGAGAGUGUAAUGGCCGGUGAUUGGGAAAGGGCGGACGCAAUCUUGAAAGAGCUCAGGCCCUUAGUUGAGAACAAAGAAGACAUCUCGAAAAUGAGGUUUUGCCUGUUGGAGCAGAAGUUCUUAGAAUUCCUCGAAGAAGAGAACCGUAUAGAGGCCGUGUAUUGUUUAAGAACAGAACUAACUCCUUUAAAAUGUAACAGAGAGAGGGUUCAUCAGCUUAGUGGAUUAGUAAUGUAUACAACAAAGGAGGAACUUCAUAAAAAAGCUGAAUGGAAUGGAAAAGGAUACCUCUCAAGACACAAGCUGAUGGAUAGGCUUCAAUCAUUUUUACCAGCAUCUGUGAUGCUUCCACCACAUAGACUUAGAACAUUAUUAAAUCAAGCAGUUGAACUGCAAAAAGAAAAAUGUCCAUAUCAUAAUACAAAACUUGAACUUGGACUGCAUUCAUUUUCUCUACUGAGUGAUCAUCUAUGUUCAAGGAAUGUCCUCCCAUGUGAAACAAAAUACAUAUUAACAGAACACAGUGACGAGGUUUGGUUUCUUAAGUUUUCUCAUGAUGGAACAAAACUUGCUUCUGGAUCAAAAGACGGCACUGUCAUUAUCUGGGAUGUAUCGAAUGGUGAACCCACAAAUCUUAGAGCAUUUGAAGGUCCUUCAUUUGGAGUUGGAGAAUUGGCAUGGAGUCCUGAUGAUACUUAUAUCAUUGCUUGUGGUCCAGAUGACUGCUCUGAACUAUGGAUCUGGAAUACAGAGACAGGAGAACUGAAAUGUCGAAUGACCCAAGCUGCAGAUGAUAGUCUAACUUGCUGUAGCUGGAACCCUGAUGGAAGGAAAUUUUAUGCAGGUGGCAAAAGAGGACAGUUUUAUCAAUGUGUAAGUCGUUUGCCCUUCUGUAUGGAAACUUGCAACUUAGUGUCAAAGCAAUCUUAUUUGUUUGUUUAUAUUCUCAGAGUACAAGAAGACCGUCCAAUUAUGUCAUUUUCUGUAUCUGAUGAUGAUCGACGGGCACUUUUAAACGUAGCUUCACAGGGACUUCAUUUAUGGGAUAUUAGAGAUCGAGUUCUAAUCAGAAAAUACCAAGGUGUGAGGCAAGCCAGGUUCACUAUAUACUCGUGUUUCGGUGGUGCGAAUCAAGAUUUUCUCGCCAGUGGCAGUGAAGAUCACAAGGUGUACAUUUGGCAUUUCAAACGUGAAAAACCAGUUGCAGUACUUAGUGGACACACGCGAACAGUAAAUUGUGUCAGUUGGAACCCCAGGGAUAUCUAUAUGUUGGCUUCAGCCAGUGACGACGGAACCGUACGGUUAUGGGGGCCCAUCACUAGGAAUUCCAAAUCUGGCAGUGGAAGCACGGCUGUGUAACACAAUAGGAAACUUUUGUAUAAAUUUUGACGCGGUAUGCUUGCUGUGGUGUUGAAUUUGUAUUAUACUCUCUUAUUACUCUCUCAUCCAAACCAUUGAGCUCAUCGGCAUUUUGUGCUAUCCUUCUGAAGACUUGAGACAGUUUACUUGAUUCCUAAGAAAGCAGUGAUAAGAGUGGACUUCAUUCUUUGCUUGAACUCGUUUUCUCGCUAAAUUGCAAGUAAAUCUUGUUAUUUUAAAAUGUGUGACAGAUUGCAAAUCAUUUUCUUUUAAUCGUGGUCGUAGAACAGACGAAAUCUUCUUUCCUCUUCUUUGGGUGUGCACCAAUGAGAAAUUUGUUAUAAUGACGCUUAAAGACCUCGAGAGGACCUUCAGUUAACAAACGGGGACUACGAUCAAGAUCCUAUUUAUUUUUGUUGUCUUAACUUUAUUUAUGUUUUUCAUUUGACCGAUUCGUCAGUCGCAUGUAACUUCAGGAACUUGAUGCCGGACAUUCUCACAUAUGUUAUGUUGUUGUUGUUAUUGUUGUUGUUUUUCUCUCUCUCUCUCCUUCUUAACUAAAAACUUAUCUCAAAGCUUCAGUAAAGAAAUGAAAUGAAUUCCCCGAGAUCGUCAAACUGUUUCCGUGUGUUGUCCGCGUGAAAUGUCGAUGAGCUUGAGUAUUUUCUUCUAGGGAAAUAUUUUCACUUUUUAUCCAUACUCAUGCUUUCUAAGCUUUUCUCCUAAUUUUCUCGCUUGUUACUGUCCAUUUUUUAUGCCUUUGAUUAGUGCAAACAAAUUAUAUAUAAUAGGAGUAUUUAAUUUAUGCGGCAAUAGCAAUAAAAUAACGGUUUUGACACGA